AUGGGGAUCGAACAUUGGGCACAAUCACACUUCCCAGGACGUCAAUACAACGUGAUGACGUCGAACAAUGCAGAGUCGCUUAACGCUUUAUUCAAGAAAGAUCGAGAACAGUUUCAGUUGGAGAGUUUUCCGUGUACAUAUACAGUGACAGUGGCUAUGCAUAGAGGAUUUUCACCACACAUCUUAUGCAGUGCAUAUUACAUAACUGAUUAUUGGAGAGCAGCGUAUAUGGAGACAAUAUUUCCUGUACCAAACGAAGUCGAGUGGGAAGUUCCCGACCACAUUCUCCCACUGAAUAACUUGUUGCCUCCAACAGUUGGACCAUGUACUCCUGGACGUACACGUAUGUCUAGAAUACCAUCUAUCGGAGAGUUUUUCCAGCCUCGUAAGUGCGGUAGUUGCGGUGCAACAGGGCAUACUAGAAGAUAUUGUACAAGUCAGAUUCCUCUGCAUGACAGUGUAACUGAAGUGUAA